GUUUCGACCAUCUUCACAUGUGGGCUCAUAUGUGUCUUUGGCCGACCUAGGUCGCAAUUGCGUCGCUACCACGGUAACAGAACCCGAGAUCAGCAUUGCUCAAGCACCUAGCAUGCCUUCUCUGACAGUCUAUGCACCGCACGCCAUGUCGACGGGACUAGCUUUCACACCACACGAUCGUGCACAAUUUCUCGCCGCUUCCGCCCCGGGCUCCCGCAACAUGUCUCGGGUCAACACGCCCUACACAUCCCGACCCGUCUCGCCAACCCAACGCCAUGGGUCCCGUGACACACUGCGUCCAGUCUCUAGCACAUCGAGGCUGACGGCGCUAUUGAUGGAGGAGGGGAUCCGAAGAGCGUUCACUCCGCUUGAGGAGGUCGCUGAAGGCACGGCCUCCCGCCUGGAUGACAGUGAUAUGAAAGAAGAGCCGGAAGCUAACCUACUAGCAGAAAGCAUUCACUCGGAUGAGAUGGAUGCCUUUCGCACAUACUCGCAUGGCUUGCCAACCCAGUCUGACUCCACCACCAUCACUACUCCACAGGAUGUCGUCCCACCUCCAUCUUCCUGGUCCCGCAACAAACCAGUCGGCGCUGGACGUCCGCGCCGCGCGUCCAUGGCCCUGAACGAAGCUUACAACGCGGCAAACCCCAGCACUCAUUCUGUGCUGACCUCAAGCAACACUCAGAACACUGACUCCUUUGGCCACUCCCGGUCAUACAUCACUUCUUCAACACAGCACGGCAACCUCAUACCCAGCAGAGAUAUUGUUGCUGAGCAAUGGACCGGGAAAUGCCCACUGCAUGGUGAGGAGUGCGACGGGGUGACAGUCACUGGGACGUGGCAGACGCAGGCUGCGAUUGAGGGACGCGGAUUUGCAGAUUUGUAUCCAGUGAUUGUUGGUGCUGGGGGAAGAAGGAUGGUGGAUUGGGAGGGGUUGUUGAGACAGGAGAGGGUGAAUAGGGGGCGUGAAGAGUGGAGUGGGUAGAGGAGCGGAGCAAUCUUGGAUUGUAAUCUAUGCCAUGGGUCGCUAUGUCGGGAGGUAUUCUGGAGUCUGCUCAUGGAUUAGAAAACUCUUGAUUGGGUAUUCGGGUUACUCAGAUGGAGUAUGCAUGUAUAGGCGAUGUGCGAAUACUCUCAGAAAGCUAUACAGAGGCCUUCAAGCUGCUACAUCAAGCCGCCGUUCGACACUGCAUCACCUUCUAUACAAAUACAAA